AUGAAUUUGAAGGGAAACAUUAAUCCAAUGGAUCAUAUUUUGAUUCGAGAUGAUGCUUUUUCAGAGUUAAUAGCAUUAAAAAUGUUGAAAAUUGACGGCCCACGAAAUAUUACAUUCGGGGAAGGAUUCUUAAAAUUAACAGAUAUGAAUAUCUUAGAUCUGUCUGGAAUCACAGGACAUUGUUCGUUUCAAAAAAUAUGGCAAGGUUUUUUCAAGUAUUUGCCUAACUUGACCUACAUUGAUGUUUCAGCAUGUGAAAUCUUGCAUGUUUAUGAUGGAGCGUUUGGGAGUCUCCCAUUUCUUAAACAUCUUGAUAUAUCCCAUAACAACAGAUUAGGAUUUGCCUCACUUCCAAAUAUCACAAAAAAUCUGGACAAAACAGCCAUAGAAAUUUUUCGAUUUAAUGGUAUAAACUGUUUGACUGGAACAGGGACAAAAAUCCGUACAUGUCAUCUUAUCAACUUAAAAGACACAAAAAUUACCGAAUUAUACAUCGAAAAAAACCGACUUGAGCAGUUUGAGGCAGGAGCUAUAAAAGUUCUUCCCAAAACGUUAAAAAAAGUAUCCCUUGGGGAAAAUAAAUUGACUCAAGGGAAAUAUAUGAUAGACUAUUUCUCUGUGGAAAGUGUUCGCAUCUUUAAUAUAAGCGUUCAACUUCGACCAGCGCCGUUUCCGUGGUCAAUAUUCGAAAACUGUAUUGAAAAGCACGACGACUGUGAAUUUUCUUUUUCAGAAAACGAUAGAAGAACAGAUGCAGAAAGAAGUACAGAUAUAUUAUUUCGUACAAAUGACAAAGGGCUUAUAACAUUUAAUAUUCCAAGGUCAGCAGAAAUUAUUUAUGCCAACUCCAGUCGACUGUAUACGGCUAUUCCCGAAUUUGGGUUAAACUCCAAAGGUUUCAGGGAAUUCUAUUUACAAGAUAACUUUUUCUACUCUUGGAUUGGACCAGUACAUGGAAUCGAAAAUUUAACAAUUAUCGAUCUUUCCAAUAAUUUCUGCUCAAACAUUUCCCAAUUUUUUUUUAAAUACGCAACUGGAAUACAAAUCCUGAAUUUGUCUAAAAAUGAUAUCGUUGAAAUAGAUUCACUCCCUGGAAUAUUGCUGACUAUCUUGAAACAAAAUUCUUACUUGGAGUAUCCUAAGGAAGAAUGUGCGUAUGACGUCUUCUGGGAAAAAUUUCAGUCUCUCAUUGAGCAGGAUGUUAUGUCUGACAUGGAGCAUGAAAUUAAGCCUACUAUUAUGCAGGAUAAUCUCUCUGAUAUUGAGAAAGACUUUGUGUGUGACACUGAACCGCUCAUUACGCCUGACAUUGAACAAGGGUAG